UGGCGCUCGUUGGCCACCACAAAAAGCACGACGAGCAGCCUCCAAGGAGCGCGACCGGCUGCCCCGAGCCCACGACGCACACCGACGGACCCGAGCAUGCCGCCCCCAUCAGCAGCCCGCGUCGCGUGGGACGUCGAGCAGCUCUCGACCGUCCCAGCGGAGCUGGGCGGCCACGAGGUCCAAGGCGCCCGGGUCGAACUCAUCAUAAGGCCGGCGCCGGACCUUGUUAUUAAUGAAGACGUAAGGUUCGAGGUCCGCCUCGACGCGGGCAACUACCCCGCGCGGCCGCCGGCCGUCCGACGCUUGACCGAAAAUGCCAAAGCGGUCGACGGCGUGGACGCGGCGGGAUCCGUGAAUUUGCCCAUCCUCGACCCGCGAGCCGAACCGAAUGGGUGGUCGAGAGGCUACUCGCUGGCCGUGGUCUUCUACGCGCUGCGGGACGUGUAUCGGAAGGCGGAGGCGGACUGGGCGCCGCCGCCGCCGCACGCGCAAGGAUCUUCUGAACCCGUGGCGGGUCGGCCCGCCGUCGAGGCGAAUUUGUCGUUCGGCCUGACCGUGGGCCACGCCGGCGACCAAGGUAAAAGGAUGUCAAUGGAGGACGUCGUGUUGAUAAAACCGCUCGACGUGCCCUCCAAAAAAACGAGAAGAUCGCAACUUAUCGUCGUUUUUGAUGGGCACGGCGGCCGCAAGGUCGCGGAGUGGGCCUCCGAACUCCUCCCCGAGGAACUGCAGCGGAAUUUGCGGGUCGACAGCUGGGGCGAUGCAUUGAAGCGGGCCUUCCCGGCCGUCGACGCCGAACUGAGAAGAAGACGCGAGGCCGAUUCCAUGGGCCGCGACGCGUCGGGCUCCACCGUGCUCGCGGCGCUCUUCGACGGACGAGACACGUUCCACGUCGCGUCGCUCGGAGACUGUAGAGCCGUGCUCUCCCAGAAGGAUGGCUACGUGAACUGCUCGAACGAUUGUAGAGCCGACCGGCCCGACGAGAUCGCGCGCGUCGUCCGCGCCGGCGGCUUCGUCGCCAACAAGCGCGUGAACGGCCAGAUCGCCGUGUCGCGCGCGCUGGGCGACUUCGCCUUCAAGGGCGGUGCCCUGGGCGACCGCGUGUCCUGCGUGCCGGAUCUGACCUCCGUGAAACUGCGCGACGGCGACGACUUUCUGCUGAUCGGCUGCGACGGCGUCUUCGACGUCCUGACCUCGGCCGAGGCGACGAGUUUUGUGAGAGACCGCCUCGGACAAGGCCGCAAUUUAGAUGACGCCGCCAUGGACCUCGUAAGGCACGCCAUCGACGACCGCGACUCGCGCGACAACGUCUCCGUCUGCCUCGUCAAGCUCCAGAAGACGGCGCCCGAGGUCUAUACGGAGGGGGCAGUGGCGGCAUUGCAUAGCGUCCCCGUCGCGGAGCCCUUGCACGCCGCGAACGCGCCGCGCGCGCCGGCGGCGAAGCCACGGAAAACUGGCGUCCUCGACGACGAGGACCUCAUGGACUUCCUCAUGAACGACGACAACUUCGCCUAAGCAUAAGUUUAAGCAAAGCAAAUAAA